GCAAAAGCCAGAGGACAGGCUGUCCUCUUCAGAUCACCCCGCAGUGGUGGUACAUCUCAAUAGCCUGUCUACACUCUUCAUUCCCUGUUUCUUGUACCUCUCCAGUUUGUCUCGCCUUUCCUCCUUGUAUUUCUUCAGCAGCUAUGACCAGCCUGAAGGAAAUCUGUCGUGGCCUUCCUCUGUACCCUUUGCCUGAAAAUAGGGGUCGGAGGAAAGGAAUACCCCACGCGCCUGUGAGAACCCCUAAUCUCACUGCUCAGGAGAAAAAGCUGGCUUUGCGCAAUGCCUUGAGGUACUUCCCACCUGACAUACAAAAGAAGCUGGCACUGGAAUUUGCUGAAGAGCUCAGGCUGUAUGGCCAUAUCUACAUGUACAGGUUCUUUCCUGCCAUUGAGAUGAGAGCAUACCCCAUAGGAGACUAUCCUUGCAAGACCAAAUCAGCAGCUGCCAUUAUGUUGAUGAUCAUGAAUAAUCUGGAUCCCUCAGUGGCCCAGUUUCCUCAGGAGCUUGUCACUUAUGGAGGGAAUGGGCAGGUCUUCAGCAACUGGGCACAGUUCUGGUUAGUGAUGCACUAUUUAUCAGAGAUGACUGAAGAGCAAACUCUGGUGAUGUACAGUGGACAUCCUCUGGGACUCUUUCCCAGCCAUCGAUACGCUCCUCGAUUAAUCAUUACUAACGGCAUGGUUAUUCCCAACUAUUCCACCAGAGAUGAAUAUGAGAAGAUGUUUGCUUUAGGAGUAACAAUGUAUGGUCAGAUGACUGCAGGGAGCUACUGCUACAUUGGGCCUCAGGGAAUAGUCCAUGGGACUGUGCUCACAGUGCUCAAUGCAGGCCGUCGUUACUUGAAGGCAGAAGACCUGUCUGGAAAGGUGUUUGUUACUUCUGGUCUAGGAGGGAUGAGUGGGGCUCAAGCAAAGGCUGCAGUCAUUGCUGGAUGUGUGGGCAUCAUUGCAGAGGUUGAUGAAGCAGCACUUUUGAAACGUCACAAGCAGGGCUGGCUGAUGGAAAUCUCUAACAACCUGGACCAUUGCAUUGCUCGCCUUAGAGAAGCAAGAAAGAAUAAAAUUGCCCUUAGUUUGGGUUAUCAUGGGAAUGUGGUAGAUCUGUGGGAGAGACUAGUCCAUGAGCUGGACACAACAGGAGAGCUGCUGGUUGAUUUGGGGUCUGACCAAACUUCGUGUCAUAACCCAUUCAGUGGGGGAUACUACCCAGUACAACUGGGCUUUGAGGAAGCAAAGCAGCUCCUUUCCACCAAUCCAGGGAAGUUCCGGACCCUGGUACAAGAGAGUCUGAAGAGACAAGUGGCUGCAAUUAACAGACUAGCUGAUAAGGGCAUGUUUUUUUGGGAUUAUGGGAAUGCUUUUCUCUUGGAAGCUCAAAGGGCUGGUGCUGAUGUUGAGAAAAAAGGAGCCAAUAAAACAGAGUUUCGAUAUCCUUCCUAUGUUCAGCACAUCAUGGGGGACAUUUUUUCCCUGGGAUUUGGGCCAUUCCGCUGGGUUUGUACCUCAGGUGACCCACAGGAUCUUGCUACCACUGACUCCAUUGCCAUGUCUGUGCUGGAAGACACUAUACAUCAGGGAGUGAGCACAUCUGUGAAGCAGCAGUACCAUGACAACAUCCGCUGGAUUCGGGAAGCUGGCAGGCACAGCCUGGUUGUUGGCUCCCAGGCCAGAAUCUUAUAUUCUGAUCAGAGGGGUCGUGUGUCUAUAGCUGUGGCCAUUAAUCGAGCAAUUUCUGAAGGAAGGAUUAAGGCCCCAGUUGUCCUCAGCAGAGACCACCAUGAUGUGAGUGGGACUGACAGUCCUUACAGAGAAACGUCAAAUGUUUAUGAUGGAUCAGCCUUUUGUGCAGACAUGGCAGUGCAAAACUUUGUAGGAGAUGCCUUCAGAGGAGCCACCUGGGUUGCACUGCACAACGGUGGUGGAGUUGGCUGGGGUGAAGUGAUCAAUGGGGGAUUUGGCCUUGUUUUGGAUGGGUCUAAAGAGGCUGAAGAACGGGCGAAGAUGAUGCUCAGCUGGGAUGUUUCCAAUGGAGUCGCCAGACGCUGCUGGUCGGGUAAUGACUAUGCUUAUGAAACAAUCUGCCAAGCAAUGAAAGAGAAUGCCACCCUGAAGGUGACUCUGCCUCACAAGGUGGUGGAUGAGAACAUAUUGGAGCAAGCCCUGAAACAUUAGUGGUAUUCCAAAUGCAAUAUUGUCCUUGCGGAGCUAUUUGAAGUUCCUUUCUUUAUCCUAAUUUUGCUCUCUGGCCAAAUGAUAAAGCCUUGCAAAUGUCUCUUCCAUGUGAGUUCUUUUUUUUUCAUCGUUAACUUGCUCAUGGGGAAAGUCUGUGUCUAUGUCACGUCCACUGAUGUCAGGAACAGUCUUUUCACUAGCAUAUUUGGAACAAUCUUUGGGGUAAGAAACUAUUCAUUGCAAGGAAAGGGACUGGAAUUUUUUGUUCAUGAAAAGUCAAAUAAAAAAAAGUAAUCCA